CUCAUCUCAAAAAGACGUGAAGGCCGGCGUCCGCUCGUAGCGACAUCCAUCAUUGGUACAAGCAACAUGGACGCAGUCGACGUCGUCAUCAUCGGUGCAGGUCCAGCGGGCUUGACAGCUCAGCUCUGCCUGACGAAACUUGGCUUCUCCGUUCUUUGCGUCGACGCCAACUCUGAGCGUACGCAGACGGGCAAGGCAGACGGACUCCAGCCGCGCACGCUCGAAGUCUUGCGGAACAUCUCGCCCGCACUCCACAAUGAUCUCACCCAACUCGUGCCUAGCUACAAACUCUACGCGUGCUCGUUCUUCGAUGCCGAUGAGCAGGGCAAUCUCUACCGAUCAUCGCGGCACGAGGCCUGUCCGGACGAUUCAGUGCAAGAUCGCUAUACUCUCAUGACGCAUCAAGGACAUAUCGAGUCCGCUCUGAUGCGUGCUACCAAUGCCAUCUCAGGCGCGACAGAACCUGACACUGUCUUGCGCAAUUACGCCUUUGCGGGCUUCUCGCUGUCGAAGCCGACUGCGAGCGCGCACCCGGUCUCUGUCACGCUCGACAACGUGUGCACUGGCGAGCAGAAGCAAAUGAGCUGCAAGUAUCUUCUCGGCGCCGACGGAGCAAAGUCUGGCGUCAGAGCAGCUUGUGGCAUCCCAUUUCAGGGCUCCUCAAGUGAAAGCACCUGGUCAGUCAUCGACGCAACACUCGACACUGACUUUCCCGAUAUUCGCAUCAGGUCGAUGAUCCGUUCCGCACACGGCACCAUCAUGACUCUUCCUCGAGAAGACGGCAUCUCGCGAUUCUACGUUCAGCUCCAGGGAAUGGAGCGCGAGCAAGCGACGAGCGAAGCGGCCAUUGCGCAGAUCAAGAGAGUCUUUCAACCCUACCGCAUGGACAUCAAGAGCGUCGUCUGGCAAAGUAGCUAUACCAUCGGCCAACGUGUGGCGACCUCGUACACAGCUCACGACUAUCGCAUCCUGCUGCUGGGAGAUGCCUGUCAUUGCCACUCGCCAAAAAGUGGCCAAGGAAUGAAUUUUGCAAUCAGCGAUGCGCUCUCGCUCGCUCAGUACCUCUACAUGGCAGAGAAGCUCGGUCACCACCGCGAGCUUAUGCUACAGGCAUACGAAGACGAGCGGCGCGGCGCGGCUAUGUCAUUGAUAAAGUUCGACCAGCUUUAUGCCUCGCUUGUUCGAACCAAGUCGACCCAGGGCAAGGACCUGAUUCCCUUUUUUGCGAAGAACCAAGGCUUCACCACUGGCUGUGCUAUCCGGUACGAUCAGUCUGCUAUGCUGCUCAACGAUUAUCACUGGCUCAGCGCAAAGAAAAGUCAACCGUCGUCGGCUGAGCAGCUCACAAUCGGCCAGCGCUUGCUACGUGCACCUGCUUGUCAGCUGUAUGAUCGCACGCAAAGUUCACUUGAGCAUGCUGUCCUCUUUGACGGCUCCUUCCGGCUCUAUCUCUUCUCAGAUAGCUCUCGCGAUCGUCUGUCAGUUGGCGCGAUCUGGCUCAGCUCCGAGCACUCGUUCUUGCAAGUCAGAAGCAAGUCCUCAGUCCGCAUCAAGAUCGUCGCCGUCCUUCCUGGCGAGGCAGAAUUUGAUGAAUUGCCCGAAAUUCUUCGCCAACGUCAAGACGGCGCAUUCAAGUCGGCGCAGGCGUUCCAACUCUAUGGCAUAUCUCCUCAGCAAGGCGCCAUUCCAUCGAGGAUCUAG